GCCCGGCAGAGAGACGUCUGGGGAGUCCGUUGCCGGGUCAAUCACAGAAUUACCCGCGAAUCCUGUCUGCUUUCUGAUUGCAACCAAGAGAGGCCAAGUCUCCUAAAUUUCGUUUGCAGACAUGACGGGGCUCUCACCUCACCUGGAAGCAUAUGCCAAUUGGCGUAUCGUAAGGUGAUUUUCUCAUAAAGUCCAUCGCUGUACAGAUGCGACACUGACAAAACAAGGACAAGAAGCCAACAGGUUAGAAUAAGCUCCAUUGACGGAAUAAGAAUCUGAGCACCAGGUCUUCUGUUAGGCAGCAAGAUGCUUCGAGGAAAAGCCAAUGCAUCCAGAUCAAAGGAAAAAACGGUAAUUGAGCUGGUGCCUGGUAUCACCGUGUCAACAACGUCACGUCGAAACGUCUGCUUGAAUAUGACAUAUCAACAAAAAAAAGUGAGAAAAGAAACUAAUUCCAGCAUUCUCACGCGAUGUGACCAUGAAAAGUUGGACCCGUUCCAGCUGACCGAAGAACAGCACAAAGGAAAAUACAGCAUAAUUUGUCAAUGCAAAAUGUAUAUGCGCGUGCUAUCCUAGUUGAAAUCAUUUCUUCUGACCGAGUCUAUACUCUGACUGGAUGCAAUACGAUCCGUACUAGAACGAUAAGCCAAGAAUAAGAGCCCAAAGUCUGGCUCUGGUUCACUAUAUAAGCAUAGCUCAGACUAUAGAGAAGGAGAACUGGAUAUAUCCAAGGGCAAGCAGAAAGAGAAACACAUAGAAAGAAAUGGCUGGAAUGCUACCGCGUCUAAUCUUUGCAUCCACCCUGCUGCUGAUAGCAUCCAUCAAGAGCAGCACAGCGUCGAGGAUGGCAAGGCCUGGCUGCAGAGAAACAUGUGGCAACCUCACAAUCCCCUACCCCUUCGGCAUCGGUCCCGGUUGCUACCAUGGUCCAGGGUUCGACGUUUCGUGCGAGAGUAACCGCACUUUCAUGCAUAACUCAAGCAGCCGAAUGGAGAUCUACAACAUCAGCCUGCUAGGAGGGCAGGCUCGAGUCAGCACCUUGAUUGCCUCCAAGUGCUAUUACAACGGCUCGAUCACAAAUGGAUGGGCCUCAACAACUACUGCUGAGUUGUUCACUAUAUCCAGCAAGGCAAACAAGUUAACAGCGGUUGGAUGCAACACACUUGCUUUCUUGGGAGGCUACAACAAGAACGAGUACAGGGCUGGAGCUGGGUGCUUCUCCAUGUGCCUGGACAAGCAAAGCGUGGAUCAUAGCGGCCAGUGCUCUGGCAUGGGCUGUUGCCAGACAUCCAUUGCACCGAACCUUAGUUCCUUCAACACAACCUUCGAUGAGAGGUACAACAAUUCUGAGGUACUUGACUUCAACCCAUGCAGCUAUGCCUUUGUCGCCGAGCAGGAUUGGUUCAAGUUUGAGGCUUCUUAUCUCGAGGAUAACAAGUUAACAGAAAAGUACAAGGAUGGAGUUCCUUCUGUGCUUGACUGGGUUGUUGGAAGAGAAUCCUGUGAUGAAGCAGUUAAGAACAUGUCAUCAUAUGCCUGCAUUAGCAUGAACAGCCAGUGCAUCGAGUCACCAAAUGCUACAGGGUACCUGUGUAACUGCAGCAAUGGCUUUGCAGGCAACCCCUAUCUGGCAGAUGGGUGUCAAGAUAUUAACGAGUGCCAAAUUCGAGAUCAGUAUAUGUGCCAUGGAAUUUGCAGUAACACAAUUGGGGGUUACAAUUGUUCCUGCCCUUCUGGGACUUACAGCAUAGAUCCAAAGCGACAAACCUGUAGUCCGAUUGCAGCUUCAGAAAGAGCGAAAUUGACAAAAAUGUUUAUAGGUAUUUCGUCAUGCAUUAUACUUCUGCUUAUCUGCAUUUUUGCCCUUCUGAUUGAAUGUCACAAGAGAAAGCUGACAAGAGAAAAGAAAAUAUUCUUCCAACAAAAUGGUGGUCUCCUGUUAUAUGACCGAAUCAGGUCGAAGCAAGUUGAUACAGUAAGAAUAUUCACGACAGAAGAACUAGAGCAUGCAACAAACAAUUUUGACUCAAGCAUGGAAGUAGGGAGAGGCGGCUAUGGCACUGUUUACAAGGGAGUUCUAAAAGACAACAGAGUAGUAGCCAUCAAGCGCUCAAAGAUCAUGAACACGGUUCAAAAAGAUGAUUUUGUGCAAGAGAUGAUUAUACUUUCACAGAUCAACCACAGGAAUGUAGUGAGGCUUCUCGGUUGUUGCUUAGAAGUGGAAGUUCCCAUGUUGGUCUAUGAGUUUAUCCCGAACGGCACUCUAUUCGAUCUGAUGCAUGGAAGAUGCAGAAGACCAUCCAUUUCACUGGAUACUCGUCUUAGGAUUGCCCAGGAAUCUGCAGAAGCAUUAGCAUAUCUGCACUCAGCAGCAUCCCCUCCCAUAGUUCAUGGAGAUGUAAAAUCUCCAAACAUUCUCCUAGGCGACAACUACAUAGCGAAAGUUACUGAUUUUGGAGCAUCAAGAAUGCUUCCCAAGGAUGAAAUACAAUUUCUGACAACGGUACAGGGAACUCUGGGUUAUCUAGACCCUGAAUACUUACAAGAGCGUCAACUAACAGAGAAAAGUGAUGUUUAUAGUUUUGGAGUAGUGCUUCUAGAGCUGAUUACGAGGAAGACAGCAAUUUAUUCUGACAGUACUGAUGAAAAGAAAAGCCUCUCAUCAUCCUUCCUUCUGGCAUUGAAAGAGAACAAACUUCAAUCCAUCUUGGAUAGGAAUAUAUUGGGUGUCAGAAUAGAGCUACUCCAGGAAGUUGCUGAACUCGCAAAGUGUUGCUUGAAUAUGAAGGGUGAAGAACGGCCAUUGAUGACAGAAGUGUCUGAAAAGUUGAGAUCUAUACGGCGCACCUGGAGAGAACAAUUGAUUGAGCAUGCUAGUGAAGAAAUUGAAUGUUUGCCUGAAAGCUCAUUGAACCAUCACCCUUCUAGCACUGGACGGCAUGGAAGUUUGAUGGCACUAGAUUUAGAAAUUGGUCGAUGAUAAAUAUGCAAGGAUCAAAAUUAAAGUCGCAAUAGAGUUUGAAGUUAAAACUGUUAGAUAUAUAUUGCUCUUUGUAGUAUCCUUAGAUUAUAAGGGGUUAUUUGCACAAUAGAUACGCAUUCACAUGAUUAGGCUUCGUCUUUGGAGCAUUCUCUGUGGCAA